GAGAAAAAAUUUUUGAGACAACUCAUUGCCGAGAAAAAGGAGGAGCGGGAGAAACGACGUGAGUUGGAUGAGAAGAGGAAAUUUGACGAGAUGAUUAGAUCUGAGAUGGAAAGGAACAGUGAGGCGAUGGAGGCCAGGGUUUUGUCGAAGAUAGGUAGGCAAUGUUUGGCGGCUAGGGAGGAAUCUCGCAAGGAGGAAGCCAAAUCUCCUUUGAUUCGGGCGCCGGUGGCCUGGGAAAGGGAGAUUGACGAGUAUGAAGGAAAGGGUAUCGAGGAUAUAGAAGACGAGAUAGUGAAACUCUAUGAGAUUCGCGAGAGGAAGAGACGUGGGAAAGGCAGUAUGGAUAAUGAACGACGUCCUAUUUGUCAACCGAUUUUUCGCAGAGAAGAUGGGACGGUGGAUGAUGUUGGGGUGCCCGUUGAGUCUUCAAGGAUGGGUGAGCAGCGAGGACGUACCAAGAUCGCAGCAGGAAGUGGACCGGAGGGGGUGCUUCGAUUCGUCCAAGAGCAGAGACGUCUUCUCACUACCAAGAAUAAGGACCAACUCAAACAUAUCUGCAGGCUUGAAGAUGCGACUUACACUACAAAGGGUUCGGAUAGCACUUUCGACUCCGGUAACCUAGUCGUGAAGGGGAAGAAGCACGGAGGAAAGGACAGGAAGAGGAGGGGGACGAAGGCCAGAACCGCGAAGCCGAAGGGAAGGAAUGCGGUGUCUUCAGUCAAUCUCACUCUGGGGUUCGAGCGAGGGGAGUGCUCGAAGCAUGGAGCCGCUACGCUACGAGACUCGAAUCAUGAGGAACAGCCUCGGAAGACUGAGGGCGGUCAGCGCAACGAGGAUCCUAGGACUCCGCUUACUGGUGGUUUCAAGGGGCUUUCGGCUAGCUGUUCGCAGAAAGGCCUUGUCGAGUACUGCAUCUCGGCGCACAAGAUCUACUCAGAGAAAAACGCACCAGCCCUUUGGAAGAUAUACGACAAGAAGGACAUUGAAUACAUUAAGAAACCGGAAGUAGUCGAGCUCCUUAUAAGGCAGCAGGUCGAACUCGCAUAUGAAGGGUUCGAUGAGAAAGGAGAAGAAGGAAGCGCGGUGAAGAAUGGUAAGGCACCAGCUUGCGAGACUCCGAAGGCUGAAAUGAAGAUCGACAGGGCGGUUAGGAUGAAAAUCGGUAUCAGUGUGAGGAAGAAGAUCUACGUAAAGCUGCAGUACGAUUCACGCAUCAGGAGGAAUGCUGUACGAAGGACUGUAGAGGAGGUGAUCGAGAAGAAGGUGGAGGAUAAGGCGGUGGACGGCUUUCUGAAAACCAGGGUACGCAUUGUUUGGACUCGUAGCGGGACUGUGGGUGAACUUAUCCAUAAUCAUAAGAGAUUUGCUUCGGACGAAGACCGUGGCUGCAGCUGUCGGACACGCAAUCUACCCAAGUGCGACGGGCACGUGGUUACGAGAUUCUCAGCGUUACCGGACGUCCCCGUGUUCCUGCGCAACUCCAGGAACAUUACGAGGCAUGGGCAGGUUGCGCAUCCCCGAGUGAUCCUCCAAGCGGUCUUGGACGCUACGAAGCACCCGAAAGGCCACACCACAGACCUGCAUAUGCCUUUGGAGACACUCGACAGAAGAAGGCAUCAGGCCCUCGCUUGGACGGACGAUGAAGUGAGGGAGUGGAGUAUGAAGUUCGACGGAUUGGUAUUAACCCCUGUCGACCGAAACCAAGGGGACACGGCAGUUGUCUGCCCGAUGAUCUACAGACACGCAUUCGGGAGGACGUUCAUUUGGAACACGAACUACGAGAAGAUCGGACCUGUCGACACCGAGAUGGGGUAUCUGGCCAAAUGUCGGGAAGACUUCAAGGCGGCCGGACUGCAGGAAUUGGGACCUUGGCGUCCUGACGGCAGACUGGGAUCAGCUUAUGUGAUCCCCAAGCAUAAGGAUCUGGAGAAGUGGAGACCGAUUGCACCCGCACCUUCAGAUCCUGCUGGAGUCGCACAGAAGAGGGUGGCGAAAGCGCUUCACUACCUGCUCACUCGACUUCCGGCACAUUCUUCGUUUUACCUGAACUCGGUGUCUGAUCUGGGGGAGCGAAUGCAGGCCGUCACUCAUAGGCUCAGAAGUCUGGGUUGUUCAAAGGCGGUGGGUAGAUGCUAUGAUAUCAAGGAGAUGUUCUCCCGGAUAUCGCAUGGAGCAGUUCUGCAGGCGGUGGAGCAACUCCUGGUCAGAUUUGAAGACGCCGGUUGGAAAAUGGUGAAGAUCUCCUAUAGGGCCAGAGCUUGCGUUACCAGCAAGUGUAAGAGGAAGAGUGAAGGCUACGUCAUAGCAAAGUUCCAGGAUCUAUUGAAGGGAGUCCGGUUUGACUUGGAACACUCAGCCGUGAGAUGCGGGAACAAGAUCCUGAGACAGGUUUUUGGAAUCCCGAUGGGGAAAUCCACGAGCCCGGUCCUAGUAUCCAUUACGUGUGCAAUGGCGGAGCUGCGUUUCCUUAACAGCUUGGGCUCCGACCGACGUUUGGUUUGUGCAUGGCGUAUCAUGGAUGACAUAUCGGUCAUAGCCGGCAUUGCCGACACUAUUCGGGAUGAUGGAUAUCCAGCGAACCUAUUCGACAGGUUUGAGGGCAUCUACGACUCCCAUUUGGAAGUUAUCCGCAAAGAUGACUUAGGACUCACGUGGUCUUUUGUGGGAGGGACGAUGUUCAUCUACGGGAUUCGAAAGUGGAUUGGGAUUGGGAAACCGAUCGGGAUUGGGAAGCGGAUUGGGAUUGGGAAGCCGGGAGAAGCGGCACUGCCACGUGGCAGCGCCAUGAUGGGGGCGCAAGCGGAAGAGGAAGUGGAUUGGGAAGAGGAAGCGGGCGGGGGCGGAGGUCGGCGGAGGCGGUUAGAGAACCGAGAUGGGAAAGUGAGAGGUGGGCAUGAGAGACUAAUAACGACAAUGCUGCGACAUGAAUCAGAGAAAGGGAACGGAGUUGAGGUAUCGCAGGACCCGAUAGAGUAUACUCAGCCAUGUGUCGCCGUACUGUCUGCGCCUCCGCAGACCACCGUCCCCCCUCCUACCCCGCCGCGACUACCGACGCGUCGAGUCAUUUACUCAGCCCAUUGCAGCGAGCAGCUUGCGACUCGCGAGGACGUUGUGUCCUCCCUUCUGGACUUGAGCAUGCUCCAGGUUCGUCAAGAGCGACUCACCCUCCGUGUCGCUGUACUGCAUCGCCUUCUCACCAUCCUCUCUGACCCUGAUCGCACCCUCCCGAUCAUCCCCGUCGACUGGGGACCUCCACGAGGCUCCACGAGGGUGUACUCAGUGCUGUGGGAUUCCGGUUCUCAGGGCGACUUCAUUCACCCACGUGUGGUGAAAGAAGCCCGCUUACCCACGACAUGGUCUCCGACUCUCAUCUCUGUCACCCUAGGGGAUCACAAGACUCAGCGCUUCUUGGAUCAGACGGUCACCGACCUCCCUUUCUUCCUCACUCUCGAGUCGACUGAUCGUCCCCCGGCGUCUCGUCGCCACCGCUCCUCCGCAUAUUUCGAUGUGAUGGAGACGGGUUACGACUUCAUUCUCGGUACUUCGUGGUCUCGACGGUUCCGCAGCACCGAGGGCGAUUGGGCGACCAACACCCUCGUUCUCAAAACGAAGUGUGGACAGACGUAUCACGUACCUUUCAUAGGUACCACUGCGGCACCACGCCCCGAUCCUCCUCCCCCGGAGCCUUCCAUGCCCACAUCAUCUCCUUCUAUCACUGUCACCUCGCCUCAGCAGGUCGCCCACUUCAUCCGACAGGACGACGUCACCUUCUUUAUGGUGAAUGUGACGGAUCUCUUACACUAUGAUCCACCCUGUCCCGACACCGAGCUCAUCCCUCUGGAGCCAAAUCCUCCUUCUAUCUCCAUGGCUCCCAUCUCUACUUCCCACCCUCCGUCGUCCGUCGAGUCCACCCCGUCGUCGCGCGCCGACGCUGACGCUGAGGAACUUGCACGAUAUACGGCUGACCUGGAGCCCGCAGUUCGUGACCUCAUUCGAGAGUACCACGACGUUUUCCCAUCGUCGUUCUCGUACGCCGACAUCGCACCGAUGUGCGACGUUGAGCACUCCAUCCAGCUUCUGCCUGACUAUCGUGUUCACCACCAGGCACCCUACAGACUCUCCAUUUCUGAGGCCACCGAACUCAAACGUCAGCUUGAGGAGCUCUUGAGACUGGGUUUCAUUAAACCCAGCAACUCCCCGUGGGGUACACCUAUCCUCUUUGAUCGCAAAGCGGAUGAAACUCUCCGUCUCUACAUCGACUGUCGCGGUCUUAACGGCUACACGGUUAAGAACAGUUAUCCCAUGCCUCAUUUCGAUGAGUUGUUCGACCGCCUAGCAGGCAACCGCUUCUUUACGAAGAUUGAUCUUCGUAGCGGUUACCAUCAGAUCCGCGUCGCUGCAGCGGACCAGCCGAAGACAGCGUUCCGAUCUCACUUUGGCCACUACGAGGACAUCCUGGAGCAGUAUGUUCUCGUCUACCUCCGCGAUAUCCUGGUCUACAGUCGUACCCUUGAGGAGCACCUCAGACACGUCCACGACGUCCUUGACCGCUUGCGCAGACAUGGUUUCUACGCCAAGCUGAGCAAGUGCCGCUUUGCCCAACACAAAGUGGAUUUCUUAGGACACUACGUGUCUGGCCAGGGUCUCCACAUGGACGACGCGAAGAUCACAGCUAUUGCGGAGUGGCUCGUCCCCACAUCCGCCAAGCAGCUUCGCAGCUUCCUAGGCCUUACCAGCUACUAUAGUAAUUUCAUCAAGGGAUACGCUAGGUAUUCCUACGUCCUUACCUCCACCCUCCUCCGAAAGCACCCGCCAUGGGCUUGGACACCCCUCCACGAGGACGCCUUCCACGCCCUUAAGAAGGCGGUGACAUGUGCACCGCUUCUUCACCUACCCGAUUUUGAUCGCCCUUUUAUCCUUACCACCGAUGCGUCAGACUUCGCCGUAGGAGCAGUGCUUUCUCAUAUUUUCCCCUCCUCUCCUGAUUCCUCUCAUCCUCGUAUCCCUCGCUUUCCACCCCCUACCCCUACCACUGCCUCCUGCCUAACGCCUACUCGUCCAGCUACUGACGAGCCUUCAAUUGACUAUUCUCCUACCAUCGCCGAGGACGGCACUGUCGAGUCUCGCUCAGAUGAUUGUCCGAUAGCCUUCUACUCCCGUCAGCUCCUGCCCGCCGAGAUAAACUACACUGCUGAUGAACGUGAGGUUCUCGCAGUUGUUUAUCCCGCUCCGCACUGGCGUCACUACCUGCACAGGGCAUCGUUCACGGUGCGCACGGACAACUCUGUUGUCCGGGCUUUCCUGACAAAGUCGAAGCUCACUCCUCGACAGGCUCGCUGGUGGCGCGACCUUUCCGAGUUAAGUUUUUCCACUGAGCACAUAAAGGGUGAGACUAAUCGGACGGCAUAUGCCUUAUCCCGGCGCCGUGACCACGACCAGAAGCAGAUCCAACUCUCUUCCAUCUCGGUCACCACCGUCCACCACUCGGUGAUCGACGAGUUUCGCAUUCAGUACCGCCACUGCCCCGACUAUCGUGAGAUCCACGCGACCCUUCGGAGUGGCAAGACCGUCCUGAACUACUCUAUUGAGGACAACGGUCUUGUGUACUGGCACGGUUCACAGGGCACCAGAGAGCCCCAUAUUUGCGUUCCCUCCACUGGUCAACUACGUGUCCGAGGAGUAGCAAAGAUCCAUGACCAGUCAACCGCCGGUUAUAUGGGCUUCUACAAGACGCUGGCUCGUGUGAGCCGCCUGUACGUCUGGCCGAAGCGCAAGGACUUUGUGAAGGACUCAGUCGCAGAGUGUCCCACCUAUCAGGAGGUGAACAGUGCGAACCACCUUCCUUAUGGUUUGCUCCAGUCUCUUCCUAUCCCUGAGGGUCGUUGGCAGUCCAUCUCGAUGGACUUUAUUGGUACUCUUCGUCCUCCGACCCCCCGCGAUCAUAAUGCUAUCCUGGUCAUCGUCGACCACUUCACGAAGCAUGCACGUUUUGUUCCGUGCCGCUAUGCCAUCAUUGCACGUGAGGUCGCCGACAUCGUGUUUAACCGAGUUCUGAGAGCACUUCGCAAGAUCCCUAUUGAUGUGCUUUUCGUCGAUGAUCGUGAUCCGUGUUUGAAGUUCCAACGUGGUGAAGGUGAAGGAAUUGCUCGUGCCCUGUCCCAAACACGAAAUUGUGCGACAGUUGUUGAGGUGCCCGAUGAUAGCAAUCCCCCACCGUCAGUUGCACGUGUUCUUCAUCCGCGCGCUUACCUCUCUCAGUGGUUUGAUGAUACAAAGAAGUUUGGUUUGCGAAAGGUCUUGAAUGAGAUAUUUUUCAAAAUGUUUGUGAAGACUACGACGGUCGUGAAGGAUGAACUGAUAUGGGAAAAUUUCCUUGAUUGGCAGAGAACUAAACUCACUAAUAUGCGCUUGGAACGAGGAUCCUCUCUGCCCUCCAAUCCGUUGAAUAUUUUGGAUGUGGAGUCCAGUUGGAUGUUCCAAUCCCUUCUGCACGAUGAGUACAUUGCGCUCUCCAAUGAGGAGAUUGUAAGAAUGACAUUUGAUUUGCCCUAUUGUCCGAUGGAUGAAACUAUUCCAGAGCCCUUGUUCAGAUAUGCUUGCAUACAAAGUCUCAUCAAAAGAAUUCAUGUCGGUGUUGCUUCUUCCGCUCCUCCUUCGGCCACUGUCCGUCCACUGUCAUUACCGGCACCGUCUCUUGCGAAUUGUCAACGUCUUGCAGAUUAUGCUUCGCCGUCCUAUGUGGGAACGCCCAUCGUCACUGCUUCUACAGUUGUUUCUGCUUCGCCUGCCGCUAUGUUUACUCCAUCUCUUGCUCCUUGCGUUAUCUCCGCUCCUGUCUCACCAGCUGCACAACUGCAUGUCCGUAUAGGAGGUUUGCCAGAAGUCACUGCUUCUACUUUUGAUAUUGCCGUCUAUGAGUCUCUUCCAUCCGUUGGUCCCAAAAAAGUGCAUGUACAUCUCUCCUAUCUUGAUAGCUCUCACAAGUUGCAAGAUAUCGCGCAAGCGGCUGAGGAGUUGCAUACGGAUAUGAACACGUGGAGGCAUAGCAUCACCAUGAGGCACAUCAGAAAGGAAACAGCCUUACCUCAACCAGUUGGUUGGGUAGAUGUGUGGGUUACCCCCGCAAGGCCAUCCCUUGCUUGCACUGUGACUCAGUCUGUGAUAAGGGUAUUUAUAGGAUGUCCCCCCCAGCGCUACUUACGGGUCAGUUUCAAGACAUAUGAUGCCAUUGUUAAACCCAAAUGCAGGCACCUACAAGGUCCAGAUGCAGGUGCAGAUGCAGACCCAGAUGCAAGCCCAGCUGCAGGUCGAGGUGCAGGUGCAGAUGCAGGCCCAGGUGCAGAUGCAGGCCCAGGUGCAGGCGCAGGUCCAGGUGCAGGGCCAGGUGCAGGCGCAGAUGGACAAGCAUCUACUCAAAUGAAUAUGGUGGUCGACAGCCAGGUAGAUAGGUCGGUGAAAGGAAUAUCAUGGUCCAAUGUGCUGAGGCAAAUUCGGGCACGUAGUGAUGGGGAUGGUCUAUUUGGAAAAUGGCUUGCCGAUGCUCGCACGGAGAGGAAAUAUUUUGAGGAAUGUAGUGAACGAUACGAGUAUGGCAUGGCUUCGCAAAUUCAUGACAUGGAGCAGCGUCUGCUUCAACGUAAGUCUAAAGUGCCUUAUAGUAUUGCAGUCUCGUCUGUACCCGUGGCAACACCGUUUGCAGCGGUUGAGAACACCGUGGUUAUUGUCGCGGGUGCUAGCACGAUUGAGGCAUUUGGCAUUGGUGGUCGAGAACCGUGCACCACGACUCGGCAGCUAGGGAGAGAUGAGAUGGCACGGUGGUUGUCCUCGCCGACCUACUCCGGCGAACCAGAAAUGCCGGUGGACGUAAGGGGUGGGGUGUCGGUUGUGAUGCCGGAAGAAGGGACCUGGACGGACUUGGAGCCGACAUACCAAACCGUGAUGCUAGUUGAAAGUGAUGCCUUUCUAUGGAUCGAAACAAUGUGGACCAAGGUUAGUUUGACGAGGUUAGCGUCGAGCCUGCUGGACUUAGAGUUUUGGGGGACCGUGGAGGCCCAGGGAUGGGUCUACUUGUCUAAGGAAAAGGAAAACGCGAUGAUUAUAGAGCUUGUCUUAGGAUUACUCCCGUACAAGCUGUUCAAGGAGGUUGAGCGGGAAGUGAUGUGGGCCGCGUGCCAUCGGGUGAAAAUGGUGAUGGAGGCGAUUGAUGUAUGGGUGGAACUUGGGGAUAGAGCUACGAAUCCCCCUCGGCGGCGGCCAUCCGCGGACAAGUCCGCGGCCGCGGCCUAGGCCGCGACCCCGCGGACGUGUCCGCGGUCCGCGGCCAUGAAAAAAAAAAAAAAAAAAUCAAAAAAUCAAAAAAUC